ACCUUCUUAGGUUACAUUAUGAUAAGAAACUUCAUAAUUUAUCUAUAAAACAGUCAGUUAUCACUAACUAGUAUUCAGUUGACAGUGUUUGAAGUGUUAUAAUUUUAAUAAUAAUUUCUAAUAUUACAAAAUUGUAUUACCAUGCCUAUGAAAAGUUAUAUAUCGUACUCUAGUGAAUCACAUUUUCCAAUAGAAAAUCUUCCAUAUGGUGUAUUCUCAACUGUUGAUGAUCCAACACAUCGAAUAGGAGUUGCUAUUGGUGAUAAAAUUUUGGAUUUAAAAUAUUCCAAAAAUGUUUUUGAUCAUCCUUUAUCUGAAAUAUUUCAACAGUCGUCGCUUCAAAGCUUAAUGUCUUCGGAUAAGAAAACAUGGUCUCAAGCUCGUAAAUUGAUUCAAUCUUAUCUACGUAUUGAAAACUCUGAGAAUUUGAAAAACGGUGUAUUUUGGGAUCAAAAUGAAGUUGAAAUGCAUUUGCCUACUUCAAUAGGUGAUUUUACUGAUUUUUUUUCAUCUUAUUAUCAUGCUUACAAUUGUGGUUCUAUCAUGACACCUGAUAAACCUAUAGCAGAUAAUUGGAAAAACAUGCCAGUCGCAUACCAUAGUCGAGGAUCAUCAAUUAGGAUAUCUGGUACACCUAUUGUUCGACCAAAUGGACAGUAUUUAAAAGACGGAAAAGUGACAUUCGGUCCUACAGAAAUGUUAGAUUAUGAACUAGAAGUGGCAUUUUUUGUUGGUGGUACAUUGAAUUCUUUGGGAGAACCGAUAUCGACCAGCAGAGCUUCAGAUCAUAUAUUUGGUAUGGUUCUGUUGAAUGAUUGGAGUGCCAGAGACACGCAGUUAUGGGAAUCAUUUUUUCUUGGACCGUUCCUUUCUAAAAAUUUUAUUACGACUAUUUCACCUUGGAUAGUGACAAUGGAAGCCCUAGAAGAAUUCAAAACGAACAACUUUAAACAAGAUCCAGCUCCAUUAGAGUAUUUACUGCACGACAAUAUUAAGUACAAUUUUGACAUCAAUUUAAAUGCAAGUGUUUGUGAUCCAAAAUCACAGAAAACUUAUUCCAUCUGUAAUACCAACUAUAAGUAUAUGUAUUGGACUCCAUUACAACAAAUUGCUCAUCAUACCAUUAAUGGCUGCAAUUUACAACCGGGUGAUAUACUGUCAUCUGGAACAAUUAGUGGUCCUGAAAAGGAACAGCAAGCUUGUCUGAUAGAGAGAAAUAUCGGAGGAAAAAUAUUUGUAGAUCUAGGGGAAAGAAAGUUGAAAUUUUUUGAGGAUGGUGACGAAGUAACAAUAUCUGGAUUUUGUCAAGGAAACGGAUACAAAAUUGGUUUUGGCAACUGUAGCAGCAAAAUUCUUCCAGCAAAAAACUUUUAAAUAUAAAAUAAUAGGAAUUGUAAAAAUAAUAUAUUAUAUGAAUUAUUUUAUUUUAUUGACUGAAUUAUAUUGUGAUCUAUUUA